AUGUCCGAAGCUCCUAAGCAUGGCGUGCAGCGCCUGCAUUCUUUCAAGGAUGUCGCGCAAGCAGUCCUGCACAACAUCAGGUGAGCUCGACCUACUGCUAAGCGGCUGCUCAGCUCAGCUUUGCAACAUCACUCAUAUCGACUUUGCGCAGGCAUGAGUCGCAGUCGGAAGCACAUCGCCUCUUCCGUGAGCAGCCAGGUCAUCAAGACUUGACGAGCAAGCAACCAGCCAAGCACAUCGUUCCAGGCAUAGAGCAGCCAGGAUCCGUCGGUGUGGUGUACGUGACAGAGCGCGCUGCUGCCAAUGGCUUCAAAGCCGGGGCCAAAGACUGGGCCAAUUUUGGACAGGGCGCUCCCGAGACGACAGACCUAGAGGGAGGCUGUCCAAGGCCUACAGUCCUUGACCUCUCGGCUUUCGGUGACGACAUUCACGAGUACGGACCUACCACUGGUAUCACGGAGCUACGACAAAAGGUGGCAGAUUAUUACAACCACACUUUCCGUCAGAACAAACCGAAGAAGAUUGAAGCUGCCAACAUUGCCAUCGUGCCAGGAGGCAGAGCUGGCUUGGCACGGAUCAUGAGCGUACUGGGACCGGUGCUGCUUGGCUAUAGUCACCUAGACUAUGCAGCGUAUGAACCUCUGCUUGGCAUGAGUCAGGUUCAGGGUGUUCCCAUGCAGCUAGAAGAGUCGAAGCGCUUCAAGGUAACCGCUGCCGACCUCGAAGCAGAGGUCAAAGCACGAGGUCUGACUACCCUGCUGCUGUGAGUUUGGAGGUGUCUGUCUCUGCAUGUGCGAGGGUACCAGCACACAACCAGCUCACCUUUCAGAGGCGGCCGCUGCUGUUGCUACUGUUGUCACCCUCAGCUCCAACCCUCGCAAUCCCACCGGUCAAGUGAGUAUGCUUCUGCUUCAGCCAGAGCGAAAGCGAGUCUGACGCGUACUUCCCCUUCAGAUUAUUGAAGGCCAAGAAUUGAAAGACGUGGUUGACAUGUCCAGCAGGCUCGAUGUCACGACCAUCAUGGACGAAUUUUACAGCCACUAUCUUCUUGAAGGAGAACUUGGGCGCUCUGUGAGCGCCAUGGAGUACAUUGAUGACAUAGAGGAAAGCAACGUUGUCCUGGGUGCGUGGUUGAGGCAUGGAUUGCUCCGCGGAGCGCCCCUCUGCGCCUCAAAUUUGUCGUGCUAACAAAUGUCUACUACUCGCUUUGCCCUUCCAGUCGAUGGACUGACCAAAAAUGCGCGCUUACCAGGUGUGUUCCUUGGCUCCAGGCAUUUGUCGCGUGAUGAAGCUGCUUCUCUCAUUCUCUCCCCCCCAAUGUCUACCGUACAAUCUCAGGCUGGCGUGUAUGCUGGGUCUCAGGUCCGCGCGACCUUAUUUCUGCCAUUGGCGCCGUGGGGUCAUACCUAGAUGGUGGGGCCUCCCAUCCCAUGCAGGUAGGUCGUGUACUUUCGCGCGCCUUUCGUCUGAAGGCUCAAUUCCCCUUCCUGACGUGUCUGGUGCAGGUCUUCGCCCUACCAAUGCUGGAUCUCGAUCGCAUUGCGCAGGACCGACUCGCCUUGCAGAAGCACUUCCGCAUGAAGAGGGACCACGUGCUCAAGCGCCUCGCAAAGAUGGGACUGCCCGUCAAUGUGCCGCCUGUCGCGACAUUCUACAUUUGGCUCGACCUCAAGCCAUUGCCGCCUCCGCUCAAUAGCGGCCUCGUCUUUGCUGAAGAGCGUGAGUCGCGCGCGCCCCUACAGCUUCGACGGUCGUGUCCGACGGCUCGCUGAUUCUCGCUACGCGCCACGUACGCUUUUGCAGUGCUUAAGGAGAAGGCGAUUGUGACGCCCGUAAGUUCUGAGAUCGUUGCGAAACUCGCUGAGCCAAGCUGAUGCUUUCAAGUUGUCGAUUACUUGUCUGCUUCAGGGCAUCUUCUUCGACAUCAACCCGGGACACAGGCGCAACAUUGUGGACUCACCUUGCGAAAGCUACAUCAGAGUGCGUGGGGUGGAGGGAAGCAGCGAGAGGGUCUGUCUGCUGUGCUGAUGUCAAAGUCUACCUGCACAGAUCUCUUUUGGGCCCAAGCUCGAAGAGCUGGAUAGAGGUCUCGAUGCCUUGUGAGUCUGUUUCUGCAACUGCCUUCAGUAGGACAUGCUCUGAUGCUUCCGACCUUCUUCUUUCGCAGCGAGCGAGUGCUCGCCAAGGCCGCUAAAGGGGACACGAGCCUCGGCACAAACUACGCAAGGGCUGACCCGAGCACGAAGCAUCAGGUCACACCGCAAGCGCACGGUUAG